UGGAGGAAUCUGAAGCUUUAGAUCUUGCUGCCGCUGAAGAGCGCCUUGAAGACUUGAAAAAGAUUUUUGGCAAAGAUGUUGGUGUUAUUCAUGGCCGCAUGAAGCUUGCUGAAAAAGAAGCGGCUAUGGAAGCUUUUGCUUCUGGAAAAAUCAAAAUUCUUGUUGCAACAACAGUUGUUGAAGUGGGUGUUGAUGUAAAAGACGCCACCAUUAUUGUCAUUGAACAUGCAGAACGCUUUGGUCUCGCACAACUGCACCAAUUAAGGGGACGUGUUGGGCGUGGAGACAAACCGUCUACAUGUCUUCUUCUUUUCGCCCAUGCCUUAACAUCCACUGGACGAGAACGCUUAAAAGUCCUCCGAGAAAGCAAUGAUGGAUUUCAUAUUGCUGAAGCAGACCUUAAAAUUCGCGGCGGAGGGGAUAUCUUAGGGCUACGUCAAAGCGGCUUUCCAGAUUUUCGACUUGGUGUUCUUCCUGGGCACCUCCCUCUCCUUCAUCAAGCGCGUAAAGAUGCUGAAAACCUUUUAAAAGAAGACCCCGCCCUCUCCUCUCCGCAAGGACAAGCUGUGCAAUCCCUUCUUCUUUUAUUCGGCUAUGAUCAUGCCGCCAAGAACCUGAAGGCGGGAUAG